UAAAAAGAAAGAAAAAAUAUCUUCUUGGAAAUGCCAAGAACUUUACCGAGUAUCACGUUAUAGCAUUUCUUAUAUAUAUAUACAUAUCCAGAUAUAUAUGAUAUUUCUUUUGGCACCAGAUUAUCCAAUAGUUUGGACUAGGAGCUCGAGACUAGAUAUAAGAUUUUCCGUUUGGAAAGUACCAUUCAUGGAUUCAAAUGGGUUGAAUCCAACUGAAUCUGAUAUUUCAGCAUGAUUUGGACCUUUUCUUAAUAAUUUCAAUGUUUCAAUCGGUUUCAACAAUCCAAAAUCUCCCGUUGUUUGACUGCAGUCCGGACUAUUGGAACCCUGGCCUUUGCUUUCUUCAUAAGUUUCCUAUCUCAGAGAGCUCGGGUUAUUUAACGGGAGGUUGCAGUAAACAAAUACCUACAUCCACUUAUAAUUCAGCUAGUGGAGUGUGGAUACAUUUCUUCGCAGUGGCAGAAGCACGAAAUGCUUUAUACACCAUAUGUGUGGUAGGCCAAAAAUUGUAAAGCAUGGGCCUAGGUAAACGGUGAGCCUAUAGAGCGCUGCUGGUUGUAGGUUGAUUUGAUAGCUGUUAACGGUCAGGACGCUCAUACCACAUAGCCGUAUCCUAAAUGCGAACGCCUCGUUGAGCUUACCGCCGAUAUCCGCAUACCGGACCAUAUUCAUAGUUUAACACUGCCACGACGCCACGGAUGUUAUCUACGUUUCCAGCGCAACGCAGUCGGUAACGCCUAUAAGUGUUUUUAAGCAACACAUACAGGCACACCACCUCACGAUGCACUCGCCACACUCAUUCUGAUGCACCCGGUAACCCUUUUCCAAGUGAUCUUGGUACGGCGGGCUUCCGAGGGUGUAGCCGCUAAGGUAACCCUUCAUAUACUCUAUAAACCCAUCUCUAUGCUUGAC